AUGCAAAUUCUGGUUCAAAGGGGCGCCGAGAGGAAGAUAGCUCUUGCAUCAGAAGGAUAUGCUUUAAUAUUCAACUCAGUGGAAAAUGAAGAAGAUCGUAACAAACCGCUUUGCGCGAUCGAGCUGCUGCCAAAAACAAGGGUUGGGCCGUCAUACCAGAGAAUGACUUCUCACGAGGUCCACGGUUUCAUUGGUCUUAUCGAACUUGAAGGAUUGAUCUUCAUAUGUACUAUCACAGGAAAGACUAAAGUGGCACAACCGGUGCCGAAGGAAACAGUUAAUAAGAUCUAUGCGGUAGACUUCUUCUGUCUGAACGAUUCACGCUGGGAUUUCGUGGAGCUGGACUCAAACGGGUACCCAGUGACCAGCGAAGAUGAUUACAGAGGGAAUGGAAGUUCAACUCCUGGUUCGAUUGGAGACCAAUCUCCAUCGGUUCCCGGCCAUCCUUGUCAUGAACUGCGUAAAUUGCUUUCCAAUGGCUCAUUCUAUUACAGCUCGAACUUUGAUCUAACUUCGAUCCUGCAGAAAAGAGGCAUGGGCGCACAUUCGCUCAGUUUCGAUAAUUACCAAGAAGAAUACAUGUGGAACUCGUUUCUGAUGCAAGAAACCAUUACUUUCAGAAAUCACCUUGAUGAUACGUCAAGAAGGAUCCUCGAUGAUGAAGGUUUUCUCACAACAGUGAUUCGCGGUUUUGCUGAAACUUUUGUGACUUACAUCAAACAACUCAAAGUGUCUCUUACGGUGAUAUCCAAACAGAGCUGGAAAAGAGCAGGCACUCGUUAUAACGCGCGUGGUGUAGAUGAUGAAGCCAAUGUCGCGAAUUUCGUCGAGACAGAACUCAUUAUGUACUCCCGCGAAUAUUGUUAUGCCUUCACUCAAAUCCGAGGUAGUAUUCCAAUUUUCUGGGAGCAGGACACUGCUUUGAUCAAUCCCAAGGUUCAGAUCACCAGGUCCCUGGAAGCGACGCAAUCUAUCUUCGACGAUCACUUUUCGCGUUUGGUAGACAAAUACGGUCCCGUACAUGUGGUGAACUUGCUCUCGACCAAAACGAACGAGAUAGAACUCUCCAGGCGCUACAAAGAGCAUGUUGCAAAGUCCAAAACCCAUAAGCUCAACAAAGAUAUCUUUUUCACCGAAUUUGAUUUUCAUAGGGAAACUGCUCAAGAGGGAUUUGCUGCAGCAGCGCGAAUCAAACCUCUAGUCACCCAGUUUCUUUUAGAGAGUGGUUAUUUCUCGUAUGAUGUCCGAGAGCACAAGGUUCUUUCAGAACAGCACGGCAUUUUCAGAACAAAUUGUCUUGACUGUUUGGACAGAACAAAUUUGAUUCAGCAAUUUAUCUCCCGGUAUGCAUUCGCUCUCUUUCUCAAUGACUUCCAUCUAAUGUCUACAUCACAAGGAACUGCCUUCACGGACAGUGACCUUUUCAUCAAACACAACACUUUGUGGGCCGAUCAUGGGGACCAGGUCUCUCAAAUUUACACAGGUACCAACGCACUGAAGUCAUCUUUUUCCCGGAAGGGUAAAAUGUCAUUUGCCGGUGUGCUUUCUGAUGCAACCAAGUCUGUCAGCCGCAUGUACAUCAACAACUUCAUGGACAAAAACAAGCAGGUCAAUAUCGAUACAUUGCUAGGUAGGCUAUCGAGCCAGCGUGCUGUUGCACUGUUCGACCCCAUCAAUGAGUAUGUGACCACUCAACUUAACAAGGCACGGGAUCAAUUCACGACUUCGUCGAGUAUCAACAUCUUUGUUGGUACGUAUAAUGUUAACGGUCUAACACGGAAAGUUGAUGUAUCGAAUUGGCUAUUCCCAAUCGGUGACAAGUUCAAGCCUGACGUUGUGGUAUUGGGCAUGCAAGAAGUUAUAGAGCUGAGCGCUGGAUCAAUUUUAAAUGCUGAUUACUCUAAAAGUUCCUUUUGGCAAAACAUCGUCAACGAUUGCCUAAAUCAGUACAAUGACAAAUAUCUGUUGUUGAGGGCGGAGCAGAUGUCUUCGCUGCUCAUUCUUUUCUUCGUAAAGUCCGACAAGGUUAACAACGUCAAAGGAGUUGAGGGUGCCUCAAAGAAAACAGGUCUGGGAGGUAUGACCGGUAAUAAAGGCGCUGUCUCUAUCAGAUUCACUUACGGAAGCACCUCAUUUUGCUUCGUCAAUACUCAUUUGGCUGCGGGUUCUAAUAAUGUAGAUGAGAGAAGAAAUGACUAUGACAGCAUCAACAAAGGCAUAAGCUUCACUCGCUCAAGGCAAAUUCCUAAUCACGAUGCCAUAUUUUGGCACGGAGACAUGAACUAUAGGGUAGCCCUACCAAAUGAAGAGGUUAGGCGGGAGCUGAGUGCGGCUUCUGGCAAUAACUUUCCUGACAAUCUUCUCCUUCACGAUCAAUUGACUCAAGAAAUAAACGCGGGCGUCGUAUUCAAGGGCUUCAAGGAGCCAACAGUUAAAUUUCCUCCCACUUACAAGUAUGAUCAUGGUACAAACAAUUACGAUACUUCAGAAAAAGCAAGAACACCAUCCUGGACUGACAGAAUCAUAUAUAAGGGUGAUAAUCUCCGUCCUUUGGCUUACUCGGAUGCUCAGCUUCUAGCCAGUGAUCACAAGCCCGUUUACGCCGCUUAUCGGGCACAGGUUAACUUCAUCGACGAAGAAAUCAAAGCAGACUUGACCAAAAAGCUCUAUCUCGAGUAUAAGCAGGCUCAUCCCGAGACCUCUGGUACUGUAAGUGCGGCCCUCGUCGACACCGAGUACGAGGAGAAGAAUCGUGUCACAAGGACGACAGAACCAGGCUCAAACGACUGGUCAGCUGUCAAUCUAUUGGACCUCAACAAUGAAAACAAGGGCCACUUCAAGUCGACAUCUCCUACACCAUCAACUUCGUCAUCUUCAGAUCUCACUUCUGUCCAGUCUGUGCCGUUGCAACCCGUUAAAAAAGAAUUACCUGUUACAUCGCUAUCUUCCGCGUCGUUGGGUCGGGCACGGAUUCCCCCACCUCCACCACCUGCACCACGCACGCAUUCUACACAAUCGACCCAAACAUCUACUGCAUUAAGUUCAGAUAGAGGAAUGCAGAGUCGGGCUCCUGAUACAGCAAAAGGCACUUCCAUUGUACCCCCGCCUCCGCCUUCUAGAAAAACGGUUUUUCCACCAGGCUACAGCGCUUCGAUCCUUACACCUAAGAGCUCGAGCGCUCAGAGCUCUCGAGUGGCAUCACCAGCACCAUCAUCAUCCGUUGUGUCUUCCUCACCUGUGUCUGACGAUAACAAGGAAACUCCCGACGACGUGCCCAAAGUGGCAUCUGAGGAAGUGGAGAAUAGAGAAAAGGAAUCUGCGAGUGCUGCGAAAGUGCCUCCACCACGCCCAACUAAGAAACCCACGUUGGACAAUCUGACCAUGGAUUCGUGGAAACCUCUUACCCCCAAAUGA